AUGUUUAAUUUCAAUUGUUUAAAACAAAUGUUUUUAAACAAAAUGUUUAAAACUGCGAACCCUGUUGGAAAUGGUGAUUAUCAAUCGUUUGGUGAAAUGAUAACUAUCUCAGAAAAUUUGUGCACAGUUGUAACUACGGUUCAGGGUUUAAUAUCAAAAAUUUAUCCAGAUAUUGCUCAUAUUCAUGAUAAGCCUAUGGAAUGGUUGUGUGAACGUGCUAUACUCACUCCAAAAAAUUACCAAGCGGCGGCUAUCAAUGAUACACUGCUGAUGUCUUUUGAAGGGGAAGAAAAAGUAUAA